AAUAAUUCAUGACAGCAUGGAAAGGCUGUCUUUUCCCUGGGUGAUGGAUAGCUGAGCAGGAGAGCAAGCGAGCACUCCCGAGUGGGUUUGCCACAUCAGCCAGCACUCUUGCUUCUGAGCACAGGGUGCGCUCCUCUCCAGCUCAGUUUCUCUUGCAGCCAGUCAGGCAUCCUCGAGGCUGCUGCUGCCUGCCCACCCGCCUGGGCUCCUAGCCGACCACUUUCCUUUCUCCAAUUCUGCUGCCAGCUGAGGAGACUCCCCACAGCUGCUGGCUCCUGCCUGGGACCAUGUGUGUGGAUGCUGCUUGGGAGAAACAAGGCACUUGCUCCUGGCACGGAUCCCAGCUCAGUUUCUCCUGUUGACUUCUGGACCACAGAUGCUGCUGCUGAGGAGGUAUUUCCUGGCAUCUCUCCCUCUGCUAUCAUCAGCUAAGGACUGGCCGCAAAUCAAGCAGGCAAGUGUCAGGAUGGGCCGCGCUCCAAGAAGCCAACGCUAGGGCGCGAGGUGUGAAGAGUUGUCCAGAAUGACCAACUCCUCCUCCACGUCCACCUCCUCCACCACCGGGGGAUCGCUGCUCCUGCUCUGCGAGGAAGAAGAGUCGUGGGCCGGCCGGCGGAUCCCGGUAUCUCUCCUGUAUUCGGGGCUGGCCAUCGGGGGCACGCUGGCCAACGGCAUGGUCAUCUAUCUCGUGUCGUCCUUCCGAAAGCUGCAGACCACCAGCAACGCCUUCAUCGUGAACGGCUGCGCCGCGGAUCUCAGCGUCUGCGCCCUCUGGAUGCCACAGGAGGCCGUGCUGGGGCUCCUGCCCGCCGGCUCCGCCGAGCCCCCGGGGGACUGGGACGGUGGCGGGGGCAGCUACCGCCUGCUCCGGGGCGGGCUGCUGGGCCUCGGGCUCACCGUGUCCCUCCUGUCUCACUGCCUCGUGGCGCUGAACCGCUACCUGCUCAUCACCAGGGCGCCUGCCACCUACCAGGUGCUGUACCAGCGGCGCCACACGGCGGGCAUGCUGGCCCUGUCCUGGGCGCUCGCCUUGGGUCUGGUGCUCUUGCUCCCGCCCUGGGCGCCCAAGCCCGGAGCCGAACCCCCGCAAGUCCAUUACCCCGCGCUCCUGGCGGCGGGAGCCCUGCUGGCACAGACGGCGCUGCUGCUGCACUGCUACCUGGGCAUCGUGCGCCGCGUGCGCGUCAGCGUCAAGCGGGUCAGCGUGCUCAACUUCCACCUGCUGCACCAGCUGCCCGGCUGUGCCGCCGCCGCCGCCGCCUUCCCCGCCGCCCCACACGCGCCGGGCCCCGGAGGCGCCGCGCACCCCGCGCAGCCCCAGCCCCUGCCCGCCGCGCUGCAGCCGCGUCGAGCGCAGCGACGUCUCAGCGGCCUGUCGGUGCUGUUGCUCUGCUGCGUCUUCUUGCUGGCCACGCAGCCGCUGGUGUGGGUGAGCCUGGCCAGCGGCUUCUCGCUGCCGGUGCCCUGGGGCGUGCAGGCGGCCAGCUGGCUCCUGUGCUGCGCCCUGUCGGCGCUCAACCCUCUGCUCUACACGUGGAGGAACGAGGAGUUCCGCAGGUCCGUGCGGUCGGUCCUGCCCGGCGUCGGGGACGCGGCUGCAGCCGCCGCGGCCGCCACCGCGGUGCCAGCCAUGUCCCAGGCGCAGCUGGGCACCCGGGCGGCUGGCCAGCACUGGUAACUCACCUGGCCCCGGGGAGGGAGGGCUUCCUAUGCCAUCUACUGCAUCACCUCCUCCCUUGUGAGCCAUCCCCAGGGUGAAGAUUUUGCCUUCCUUCCCAGUGCAAUACCUGAACCAAGGUCUUCCCCUAAAUGGAGUCCCAAAGGAAUUGUGCAGGCCACCCGACCUUUAUACCCUUCGUUUCUGUGUUUUAGAGACACCCUUAUGUCCAGACACCCAGACUGCAAGGACUUGCAAACUGGCAUUUUAAAAGAACCAGUUAAUUUAUUUCAAGUUUGCUUUUGGAACAGAGCUUUCGUAACAUUCAACCCUUCCAACCUCCAUCGUCGUAUAUACGAAGCGCCUUGGAUGUAUGAGUGUGCAUGAGUCAAAAGGAAUACUACCGAGGAAGAAACUGUGUGUGUAGACAGCAUUUUAACCACACCUCCUUCUGUUAUAGUUUAGUCUUUGUAUAUUGGCCUGGAAGAGUGACACCACAGGUGUGUACACCGGUGUGAGUUGCCAUCGAGACCUCAAGCCCUUUAUUCUUAAAAGGGUUAUUAUUGAGUCAACUUUGAAAUGAAUGGACUCUCAGCCAGUGAGGAAACAAACCAAAUUGAUUAUUCUGCACUCCUCUUUACUCACUUCUAAGGUGGAAAGCUAGCAUUGGGUGUUAGAUUGACAAAUUUCAAGUUUGUUAAUGGAUGGUCUGAAACCAGAAAUGGAAUUCUGGAAACAAUAACAACAAAAAAAGGGGGUUAUCUAUUUUAGGUACCAGUUUCACAUUUUCUAAAGCAUGCACACUUCUUGCUACCCACAUUUGUAACCAAUUUCUUCGCCUCUGAGUGUGAUCGCAGCUUUGAACAUUCUGUACUAUAAUGGUUGCUAAGGAGAAUGAAUCCUGUUUUCUCUUUAAGAUAUCUCAAUGCACACGAUAUAAUCAAACACUAAUACCAUAAUUGCAUAGCUAAUGUUAGUUGCUAUUGCAUGCUCCUAGAUGCUAGAACGUAUUGGGCAUGUGGUACACAAAGCAAUACCCACUAGACAAGGACAUUUUACUUCUUCCAGACACCAGAAAGAAUGGCCUUUCAUCAUUUGGAAAGAGACACAGAUACACCUGUGGCUGCCUAGAGCUCUUGUCUUGACCUGGUUUGUGAGAAAACUCCCAUUUGGGAUGUUAGCUCCUAAAUGAAACCAAUGAUCAAGAUGAUAUGUUAAUACAGAUUGGCUCUGCAAAGCCACUUGUGAAUUUUAGGGGUUAAACAAGCCUCGUGCUAGGAAGUAUCACUGUUUUAUGUUGUUCAUCUAUAUUACCACGGCUUUUAAUAUUAGUAUCAUGUCUGUUGAAGGCUGGAUAGUACACUCCGUUGUACAUCAGAGGUGCCUUUCAAAUGGGACUCUGUUCUCAAAUGUACCAGUUGAGGCCUGCCAUCUUCAUCUUUAACUUCCUAAAUGUUUUUAGAUACAUUUUCCAUGUGCAAAACCAUGUGAAAUCAUUUCAUGAAGUUUAACAGGGAAGAAAGUAAUAAGGGGCAGAGAGCAGUCUGCUGGCCACAUCAAGUUGGGACCAAACAGCCUCAAUGAACUUUGUAAUUCAGGAGUAAAGGCGGCUGGCUGUGUUGCGCUCCUGGAUCAAGAACGGUAAGAACACUUGUACAUUUGAAUAAUUAUGAGAGAUGCAGGUAAUGGACAUUUUUGGAGUAAAACAAAAUAAACUAAAUAUGUUUGUCACUAACAAUACAUCAGCAGUCAUGUUGUUAACCAAACUCUGUGCAUGAACCAUUUCUGUCAUGAACUUUUCAUCUGUUCCCAGCUUCCUGGAUUCAGAUAUUUAAUUAAACUUUAGAUAAUGCUU